AUGACCAAGGCUGACAUUUCAAAGCUUCUGUUUGAUAUGGAAGCUGAGACAUCUCAUCUGCCACUUGCUCAGUCUGCUUUAUUACUCAUGAGCUGGGUUCCUGAAUCGCCUACCACAACUUCACGUGUACCUUACAGAACAUGGCUAAGCAUAGCGAUCCAUCAUGCCAAGCUCAUCAACGCCCAGCGCCACGCAGGAAUAUGUGACGUUGGAACAACGACAAACGAACCACGGUCAAGAACACUUCGAAGGUUUUGGUGGUGCUGCAUUAUCUGUGACAGAUUAUCGUCUCUCGCCUGUCGCUUCCGUCUUCAGAUCACGCCUGAUAUUCUUGACAUGGAGAACUUCGUACCGUUGGGUUUCGCCGAUUUACAGAGCGAAAUACAUCGAUCAAAUGUUUUCUCGCCUGCGAUCAAGCGCCAACUUAUAUCUCUGUUCUCUAAGAACCUGAGCCUGUUGAUGAUACUCACAGAGGUUAUUCCAGUUGCGUAUCCUUUUGAGACACGCCUCGAAUCAAAUCCAGACUUCUCGGUCCGGGAAGAUAGGAAUAUCAGUAAGUCCUGCGAUCUUCUCGAGGAAUGGUAUAAUUCAGCCAAGGCUGAGUUUCCUCCCUUGCAUAAACCCAUCGCAGCCGCGGAAGACGAUUCAGCCACUCCCAUCGCUGUACAUACAAACCUUAUGUAUAUUUACUACUACACGUCUUGCAUUGCUCUCUGUAAUCGCAGAGUUUUCACGCAAAUUUCCGGAACGGGUAGCCCCGACUAUCAUAUUGAAAGUUUUCAAGAUGGCAACAGAGGCAAUGAUAUUCGUGGCGAUAUCGAAGACUCUGUCCUAGUUCCAAGCCAUAUCGGAGGAUGGCUCCCCUUGAGCCUUGAUCCAACACAGCAACACCUACAAGUCGUGACAGACGCAUCGGACACUUUCUCAGCUCAAUACUACGGUUCCCACUGGGUCAGAGAAGCAGCAGAACACGUCGCCAAGCUAGCCAAGUCGUUCAACAAGCUUUCGUUGCAAUCCGGUCAAGGCGCGAUGAAGGACUGGGUCGACAUUCUCGUGAGACACCCAGAGACAUAUCUGGGCCUUGUGUGGACAGUGGAUAUGUGUAUUAAUCGGAGGAAGCUGCCUGAAGCUCAAGACUUUCCUUUAUGCCUCCGCAACGAUGUAGAGAGGCUUAGCACAGCGCCGAAGAAGGCAGACCAAGACAUACUAGACUCUCAGCCUUUGGAUGGGUCGAAGAGCAUUCAGCUUACGCAGUCACUGAAUUAUCUGUUAGUUAUUAAUGACAUCAAGUAUCAGUCAGGCAACUUUGUUCAUAUCUCAACGCAAGGGUAUUAG